AUGUCCUUCUCCGACGGUGAAAAAUACUUUAUCGAGAACGUCUACACCCAACGAUAUCUGUUCCAAGACGGUCCGAAAAUCAAGGGCGAUAGAGGCAGCGAAGGUGGCUGGUUAGCAAGCUCUGGAUUCGAAUCCCCGAAAUGUGUCGGUGCUGAUGCCAAUUACUACAACAGAGCGUGCUGGCGCUUCUUGCCACAAGGCGAUGACAAAUAUUUAAUCGAAAAUAUCGAGACUGAGCGCUAUUUGUUCCAAGAUGGUCCGAAAAUCAAGGGCGAGCGAGGCGAUGAAGGCGGUUGGUUAGCACGCUCUGGAUUCGAGGCGCCGAAAUGUGUCGGAGCGGACGCCGAUUACUACAACCGAGCUUAUUGGAAGAUCGAACCGCAAGGUGACAAGUAUCUUAUAGUCAAUGUUGAAACUGAACGUUAUUUGUUCCAAGAUGGCCCCGAAAUCAAGGGCAAGCGAGGCGACGAAGGUGGUUGGUUAGCAAGCUCUGGAUUCGAGGCGCCGAGAUGUAUCGGAACGGAUGUCAGUUACUACGACCGAGCUUACUGGAAAAUCCUUAAGCAGCCACACUAG